UUUUCCCAUUUCAAUUUCUACCAACACCAAACCUUCAACCACAAAGCUGCAAACAGGCGUCAGGUUUCUCAAAUUUGUUUCCUUACAAAUAUCCCGAAAAUAGUUGAAGAAAAUGGAUUCGAUUGUACCCUGUCUAGACCUGAAUCUGUAUGCUGAACCAAAUUCUUCUUCAUCCAUCAACACCUCAAAAACCACCCCCAAAAUCGAACCCCUUGAUGAAACCCCACCAUUUCUACCCCGUACAACUAACCUCACCACCCACCAAUUCCGCUUCGCCCCUCCGCCACCUGGACCCGACGUCUCGACGGAAUUCAACCGCAUUUCGGAGCUUUUUCACUCCACCUUCGCCCAACGGCUCCAGAAGUACGGCGACGUAGCCGUGCUUCCUGAUGCAGACCCAAAUUCGGGCGCUAUAGUUCCUUGCAACAAUCCUGAAACCCAGAUUGGUAAUGUUGUUAUUUCGCCACGUGGUGCCCGCAAACAAGACCAGCGCUCGUCGGAGCUCGUCCGGGUUACGGAUCUUAGACCCGAGGUCCAUCGUUGUUUCCGGGGCGAAAUUCGUCGGACCCGAUUGUUGUUCGACUCCCUGCGCACCUUCUUGAUAGCUGAUAUUGAGAAAGGCCGUUCUUUGACCCCUCAGAGAUGGCGAAGAGUGGAUUUGAAGGUAGCGCAGCUUAUGAAGAACCAAGGCCUCUGGUUAUAUCGAGACAAGAGGAUUGUAGGUGCUAUCCCCGGAGUUUCAAUUGGUGAUGUUUUCUUUUUCAGGAUGGAACUGUGUGUUGUCGGAUUGCACGGCCAGGCACAAGCCGGGAUUGAUUAUGUCCCCGCGAGUCAGAGCUCGAAUGGGGAACCCGUUGCCACAAGCAUCAUUGUAUCAGGGGGUUAUGAAGAUGAUGAGGAUGCUGGGGACGUGAUAAUUUACACUGGUCAUGGCGGGCAGGACAAACAUAGCAGGCAGGUUGUGCACCAGAAGUUGGAAUGUGGUAACUUGGCCUUGGAGAGGAGCAUGCAUUAUGGCAUUGAGGUGAGGGUUGUUCGCGGUAUUAAAUAUGAAGGCCGCACUCCUGGUAAAGUUUAUGUUUAUGAUGGUUUAUAUCGUGUCACUGAUACUUGGUUUGAUGUGGGGAAGUCGGGGUUUGGGGUUUAUAAGUUUAAGCUUGUUAGGUUUGAAAAUCAGGGACAAAUGGGAAGUGUUGUGUUGAAGUUCGUGGAGAGUCUUAGGACUCUGCAGUUGGAUGCGUGGCCAAAAGGUUAUGUUUCACUUGAUUUGUCGAGUAAAAAGGAAAACGUGCCCGUGUUUUUCUUUAAUGAUAUCGAUGAGGAUCAUGAGCCACUUUACUACCAGUAUCUUCCCACAACACGUUUCCCUUUACACGUCUAUGAUCAUGUUGCAAAGGGGAUUGGCUGUGAUUGCGUUGGUGGGUGUUUGGAUGUUUGCUCUUGUGCAAAUAAAAAUGGGGGAGAGUUUGCGUAUGAUCUGAAUGGGAUUUUGGUGCGUGGGAAACCAUUAAUUUUUGAGUGUGGUCCCCAUUGUCAAUGCCCUCCUAAUUGUAGGAAUCGUGUGAGCCAAAAGGGACUAAGGAAUCGACUUGAAGUUUUUAGGUCCCGGGAGACUGGUUGGGGAGUGAGGUCGUUGGACUUGAUCCAGGCAGGCUCUUUUAUUUGCGAAUUCACAGGAAUUGUUCUAACGCAAGAGCAAGCCCAGAUUUUCACGAUGAAUGGUGAUAGUUUGGUGCACCCAAGUCGAUUUCCCGAAAGAUGGGCUGAAUGGGGUGAUUUAUCACAGAUAUUCUCAGACUAUGUUCGCCCUGCAUAUCCAUCAACCCCUCCUUUGGAUUUUGCCAUGGAUGUAUCAAGAAUGAGGAAUGUGGCCUGUUACAUGAGCCACAGCUCCAGCCCCAAUGUUAUAGUGCAGCUUGUGCUGUUUGAUCACAACAAUAUAUCUUUCCCUCACCUCAUGCUGUUCGCUAUAGAGAAUAUCCCUCCGAUGAGGGAGCUUAGUCUUGAUUAUGGGAUGACUGAUGAAUGGACAGGGAAGGUUUCUAUCUGCAACUAGCUAUUUUUUAUGCGUUGGUACGGUUUCAAUUAUUGUGCCUGGCAGCUUUCUGAUACAUUAUAUGCUAAGGAAUAAUGUACGGUGCAACAAUUUUUGCUGAUUCUACUUAAUCUAGUUGUUGCCUUGUACAGAUGGAAAUUUGGCAUUCGCCUUUUUGGUAGCCGAUUUUGGGCUCAGCCUCCAAACUUUGUGCUCCUCACCAUGUUUUGUUAUAUAGGAUGCUGCUUCCAUUUUGAAUUGUCCAUUAAAAAUUCUAACGCCAUUUGUCACUUUUACUUCACCAUCCUCGUUGUUGACACUUGAAUUAGACUGAAGACGACUGCCAAGGAAAGUCGUGAAAAGGUGAUAUCGAUGGAUGAAACCUGUUGCGAUAAUGCACCCUGUUGUUAGAAAAUUACUGUGUUAAAAAGUUCUGUACUGUUAGCCUGUAUACAAGGGAAUCAGAAUUGCACCAAAAUGUACAGAAAUCUAUGAUUUUUCUGAUCCUGCUAUUCUCCUCUCUGUGUAUGGAUAAUUUCUGAUAAAUGAAUCAGGCUGAAAGAGUACUAUUUUUGUUUUUGGUUUCA